AUGUGUGGCCCCCAACGGGAUAUCAGCGAGGUGUUUGCUGAUAUUGCUCUUGUCGAGGAUCGAAUAGUUGAGACAGCGUACGCCGAGGGUUUUAGUGAAGGCGUCACCUCGGGAAAUACCGACGCUUACCAUUUGGGGUACCACAGAGGCGCGGAAAUUGGGGCUGAAUUUGGUUACUAUUUAGGGAUUGUGGCUUUGAAUGAAAAUUGUGCGAGAAAGAAGCAAGCUGAUGCAGUAAAAUCCCUAAAACAGUCUCUCGAGGGAUUUCAAGGUUAUAAUUGUGGAUUGGAGGAAAAAAUUUCGGUAAUUCGUGGAAAAUUCCACAAAGUCUGUGCCCUCCUGGGCAUCAAGGGGGCCAUUAAGACUGGAGAAUUGGAUUUCUAA